AUGGACUGGAAGUCACUCAAAGCUUUCAAGGUGUCUUUGAUGAGCGCUACGACUGUAACUCUGAAAACGGCAGAGAAUGUUAUCACAAUUUCAAGACGAGGGUCCGCUCUCUCGGAGAUUUAUAGCAUAUGCGGUCCGGAUACUGCUCCGCAAGCGCCCAUUGGCCUUGAUACCAUCGCUGAGCAGGAUCCCCUACCAUCAACCGAUCAAAUGCGGGCACUCUACAGUUUGACCGUGAUGGACCGGACAAGAAACAAAACACCCUUCAUAGAUCUAGUCCAAUCGAGCAGGAACCGACGAAAAAUUGUCGUCUUCAUCCGCCAUUUCUUUUGUCCAGUAAGAGCUCCGCGUGGUAAUGGGAAACAAGAACGAACGCUGACACUAGUACAGAACUGCUUUGGAUAUGUCAAGGCUUUGGCCAACGAAUUGCCGCCAGAAAAGCUGGAACAGAUGGAUCUACCGACUACUAUCUCAAUUGUCGGAUGCGGUGACCCAAUUCUCGUCCAAAACUACAUCAAGAUGACCGGUUGCCCUUUCGACAUCUAUGCAGACCCGUCCCGGUCAACAUAUGCCGCCCUUGGAUUCUCGGUGAAUGAGACAGCAGUCCCGGAAGCUCCAAGAUAUGUUCAGAAGUAUUCGACCACAUCGAUAUUCAAAGCGAUAAUGAUCAGCCUUGGUCUUGCGGCUAAGACGAAAAGCAUCUCCGCAGGAAAGAAAACCCAGAAUGGUGGCGAGCUAAUCUGGGUCGACGGAGAGCUCCAGUAUAUUCAUCGGAUGAGACACACCAACGAUCAUCUAGAGGUGGAUCAGCUCGGUUAUGUAUUGAGCAUGCUUAGCAAAGCUGGAAUGUGA